AAACGGCUCUAGACAUUUGAAGUGUGUGGGUGAUAUGAAAUAAUCGGGGUGUCAUUGUCUCCCGAAAUGAUUUGGGUCGAGUAAGUGAGACGCUGGUUACAUCAACUGGCUAACUGGCUGCUAGCAGUGGCGAGCUUUUGUGGCUAUGGACUGUUCGCGUUUGUUUACGUUAGCUCUGCGACAACUCAGUACUUUAAUUCACAGCUGCGGAUCACAAGGUUCGCUGGGCAUUUGGUGCCAAUCCCAGCUGACAUUGGGCGAAAGCUGACAUAGGACGAAGGACUGGUGGACAGGUCGCCAGUCCAUCACAGGGCCAUUUAGCCAUUCUACUCGGGCAUAAACAAGGUGUCAGUGUUGUGUGUGUGAAUGUGUGUGUGAGUGUUCCAGUUUGAAACAUGGAACAGUGUGCGUGCGUGGAGCGGGAGCUGGAGAAGGUGCUCCAUCGCUUCGUAAUGUACGGCCACCAGUCUGAGGAGAGGCUAGACGAGCUUUUGCGCAGCGUCUGUGAGAUACGAGGACAGCUACUUGCUUUCGGAGUACAAGAUGCAGACUUAUCAGUCUUGUCUCAGACUAUGGCCCAGUGUUGUAAGAAUAUCAAAGAAACAGUGCAGAUGCUAGCCUCCCGACAUAAGGACAUCCAUGGUAGUGUGUCGAAAGUGGGCAAAGCCAUUGACAGAAAUUUUGAUGCAGAAAUCAGUGCUGUUGUGGCAGAGACAGUGUGGGACACCCCAGAGAGACAGAAAUAUCUGAGUGAGACAAUAGUGGAGCACCUGUACAGACAAGGCAUGCUCAGUGUGGCAGAGGAUUUGUGUCAGGAGUCUGGUGUUGUUAUAGAUAUGAGUAUGAAACAGCCGUUCCUGGAGCUGAACAGGAUCCUUGAAGCUCUGAGAAUGCAGGAUCUCAGGCCAGCACUAGAGUGGGCUGUGACGAAUCGGCAGCGACUUCUGGACCUGAACAGCAGUUUAGAGUUCAAGCUGCACCGUUUGUACUUCAUCAGUCUGCUCAGUGGUGGAAUUGGCAACCAAAUGGAAGCUCUGCAGUACGCCAGACACUUUCAGCCCUUUGCCUCUCAGCACCAGAGAGAUAUCCAGAUUUUGAUGGGCAGCCUGGUGUAUCUGCGUCAUGGCAUUGAGAACUCUCCAUACCGCACUCUGCUUGAGACCAAUCAGUGGGCAGAGAUUUGUAACAUCUUUACCAGAGAUGCCUGCGCAUUACUGGGACUCUCUGUCGAGUCUCCACUCAGUGUUAGCUUUGCAUCAGGCUGCAUGGCUCUGCCAGUGCUGAUGAACAUUAAGCAGGUGAUAGAGCAGAGACAGUGCAGUGGAGUCUGGACACACAAAGAUGAGCUGCCUAUUGAAAUUGACCUUGGGAAGAAGUGCUGGUACCACUCUGUGUUUGCCUGCCCAAUACUUCGGCAGCAGACCUCGGAGAGCAACCCUCCCAUGAAACUCAUUUGCGGCCACGUCAUCUCCAGAGACGCUCUCAACAAACUGACAAAUGCUGGGAAGUUGAAAUGCCCGUACUGCCCCAUGGAGCAGAAUCCAUCACAUGCCAAACAGAUCUACUUUUGAUACCACACACUCUGCUCGUGAGUAAGGAUGAAGUUCCCUGGAGCUCUUUACAUUUCCAGGACCAUUUGCUCUGGCAAUUUCCCCCCCUGUUACUGGCCUCUUGGCCUGUUGUUGAAAGCAUUAAGUUUUUUUUCCCCCCCAGUGAGCCACUGGAUAGCCUUGGCCACACCGUUAUCCAUCUUGGACCCUCCAACUUUGAGUAGUACACAGAGUCCAGUGGAGAUGAUCCACCUACGACCUGUUGUAGAGUGAGGAGUGUUUCAUCAAUGAGAAUAUCUUCAUGAAGAAGCGAAGCACCUCUGAAAAAGGAUAAUUCAUUGAAAGUCAUUUGCAAACGCCUGCGAAGUUAUAGGCUUAUCUUUUUAAAUAUGUAAUACUUUAUAGUGUUUGACUGCUUGAGUUGGAUGACUGCUUCUUUCUUUCUUUCUUUUUUUUUGACAGAAGCAGUGAAAUGAUUAUUAUGGAUGGGUGUGUGUUUGGAAAAUGGCAAAGAUGAGCAGUCUUUUUUUGACUACAGGAUGGUAAUAAACUUCUGUUCUGUGUAAGAAAACCCACAGUGUAACAAACUGUAGUAAGUUUAUUAUUUGCUGGUGAGGGGAACUGUGGAGGUCUGUCUUGAUUGUGAGCAAUUACUCUUCCAUAAUGUAAUAAAGGCCGCACGUAGCUUGAAAGUCACUCUUGGCUGAUGCAUCCAUUUGAUCUGUAGAGUUAACUCAUCAAAGGUGGAACAGCUUUUUUUUUUUUGUUUUUUUUUCCCGUGACUGACUGCACCAGCAAGACUUUCCUCAUUAUAGAAGCCAUUUCUCUUGUUCUGUGUAUGUAUUUAACAAACAAUGACAAAAAAAGAAACAAAAAUAUAUACUACUGUGAAAUGUGCUUUGUUUCUAUUUUUCAUUGCAACCGCCAGGACCGCUCAUGUACAAUAGUCAAUUAAACUGAAGAGCAACAUGCAUAAUCAACACUGCUGUGGAACUUUCAGAGCUGACGAUUGGUCGGUUCGCGUCACGGCUGUGCCAUUUUCUCACUCUGCCCUGCAUCGUGUUUCCUGAGCUUGCACGCCAUGUGAUUUGAAGAUGUAAAGUGGUGUGACGGAAGCCGUAUGGUCUGACUUGCAGUGACUGUAGGCUUGUGAUUCAGCUUUACUCGUCGUGGGUGGGGGGAGUCCUCUGAACUUUGUGGCUGUUGUUUAUUAUAUACUUAGAAAAAUGCCUCCACUGAGAAGGUUUGUCUUUUAUUCAAGAUGGAGUCAGAAAAGAAACAUUAGAAUCUAUACAUUUCCUCAGGGCUCAUUGUAACCAUUCAUACCACACCUCACAUUUAGCUUUACGCUGUACAUUCAUGAAGGACUCUUAAAGAUUACACACAUUUUACUUAUUGAGGCUCAUAGUUUGGGUGAUACGGGAGUUUGUAUAAUGUAUUCAACUGGUCAAAAGUGUGUUAUAAGCACUGCAUUUGAAUGUACAACAUGGUACAUCCAGGCGAAAAUAGUAACAGUGCAGGUUUCUGGUGUCCUUUUGAAAAUGGUGAUGUCACCUCACGCUCUAGUGAGGCAAAUUUAUUCAACAAGCACUGCACCAGCAUAACUCACACUAACUCUUAUAAAGUAACACUUGGUUUGAAGUCAGAGUUUAAGAGUUUAACGUCUCUUUGGGUUUCAGUUUGGUUGAAGUACAUGUUUUUUUGUUUGGAAUUUCCUCUGUGCUUUCUUUCUUUGGUUGACAAUCAUUCAUUGCUUCUUUUGAGUGUUCCUUUGGUUAGACUGAUAGCUCUCUGUACUUCAGUUGGAUUACUUUAGUUGAAUGUGUGCAUUCCCCUGCUUUUGUGUGUUAACGCAGCCUUUAUUGUAAAUAUUUAUCCGAUAACAUGUUUCAUAUUUCUGCAUCUGAAAGUUCAAAUAAAAAAUUAUACUCCA